AUGAUGGCUGAGAAACCUCUGCCAAUCAUUACUGAGGGAACGAUAGACCAUGGCUCUAUGGACGGAGAUACACCAACGAAGAUCGCUUCAGGUCUCAUUGAAAGAUUCACAUCAGCACUGAAGGCCAGCGAUGUGACUGCUUUAGAAGACUGCUUCUUUGCGGAGCAGGCGUACUGGAAAGACCAGCUGGCACUCACGUAUCACCUCCGGACGAUCCAACAAGCAGGCAUCAUUGCAAGCAGUCUCAUAGAGACAAAUAAUCUUCGGGGGUCAGAAGAGAUCCGGCUUGACGGAGACGCGAGCUUUUCGCCCAUCACUCCUACCCUUCAAUUCAUCGAUUGUAAUUUCACGUUCAAGACAAUGAAUCCAGCCGCUCGCUGCCAUGGCAAGAUCAUCUUGUUGCCCCAAAAGCCUCGAGGCGAAUACGGGGGCUCGGCGACCUGGAAAAUAUGGGUUUUGAGCACCAGACUUGAAGAUUUUGUCUUCCACCCCGAGGAUUUGAGCUUAUUACGGGGCCCCGCAAAGCAGCUGGGCAUUCUCGAACAGUUCGAAACUGAGGUGAUCAUCAUCGGUGGUGGCAAUAGCGCAGUGACAGUCGCCGCUCGGCUGAAGGCCUUGGGUGUCGAGAGCGUCAUGCUCGAUCGCAACCCUAGCCCUGGAGAUAAUUGGGCUCUUCGCUAUAGUGCCAUGAAGUUCCACAUUCCGACGGCGAUAUGCACCAUGGCGUACUUGGAAUAUCCAAAAGAACAGCAUUUCCCACACUUCCUCACAAGAGAUGAACUUGCAAACCAGGUCAAGCGAUAUGUGGAAACCUUCAAUCUGAAUGUUGUCAACUCGGCAAAGGUUAUGUCGACCACCUUCAAUCAAGCGUCAAAGUUGUACACAGUGACAUUCUGGUCACCAACUGGCAGGCGUGUUGCCGUGGCCAGGCACUUGGUUCAAGCAACCGGGCUCGGGUCGCAGAAACCUCACAUGCCGCCCAUGGCUGAUGCUAAUCUGUACAAGGGGGUCAGUGUUCAUUCUACUGCCUAUCGUAACGCCAAAGACUUGAAAAUGCUUGGUGUAAAGUCAGCUUUAGUGAUAGGCUCAGCAAACACCGCCUUCGACAUUCUUGAAGAUUGCUACGCUGCCGGGAUGAAGACCACGAUGGUAGUUCGGUCCCCGACCUACAUCUUUCCGGUCGCGUAUGUAUGUGAUCCUGCAGCGCAUGGAAACUACGAGGAGCUUGGAGUGGAGGCAGAUAAGGAUUCCAUGGCCAUUCCCACCAAUAUCGAAGCUCAGAUGGUGCGAGGACACUUCUCCCACUUGGCCUUUCAAGAGCCCGAUCGCUACGCAGCCCUCUCAAAAGCUGGGUUCCCCGUCUUGGACAGCCGUUCACCUGAAUGCUGCUUAAUGGUUAACCUGUUUGAAAAGGGCGGAGGUCACUACUUGGAUGUGGGCGGCACGGCCCUGAUAUCUGAGGGCAAAGCAGGUGUCAAAGCCAAUGUCGAGCCAGUAGCUUUCACUGCUACUGGACUCAAAUUCUGUGACGGCAGUACGCUUGACGCGGAUGCUGUGGUUUGGUGCACGGGGUUCGCCGAUCGGGAUGCACGUAAGACAGCGGCAGAGAUGUUGGGGGCCUCAACAACGAAUGAGAUCAACAAGAUGUCUGGAGAAGACCAACAUGGAAACAAUGGGAUCCUUGGCCCGCGAGACAUUGCAGCUCGCCUCGAUGCGACUUGGGGCGUCGAUGCCGAGGGAGAGGUUCGAGGGGUGUGGAAGAGGCAAUCCCGGCUUGACAACUAUUGGGUCAUGGGUGGUGACACGAGACUUCAGCGGUGGCAUUCUCGAACUUUGGCGUUGCAAAUCAAAGCUGACCUCGCAGGUAUUCUUCCGCCGGCGUAUCUGGACACGCCUACUCCCAAGCACCGUUCCAACACCUCAAGUCGUCUCUAG